UCGUCAGUUUUCGCGUGUGGCAUCAGGCGUGCAUAGUUCGCUCGAUCAUCGCAGAGAGGUUAACUGUUGACGAAAUUGAAUGAAACAAAUAUGGAAUCCAGUGAUACACUUGAUCGUGAUGUCAGAGUGAAAGAUGAACCUACUGAUAUGUCGCUUAUCGAGAAUGAUUGGGACGUAACUGAUGAGAAACCAGAUCUCAAAAAUUUCCAACUCUUGCCAUUACUUGAACAAAAUUCAACCCACACCUUUCGAAAAUGUGACAAAAAUUAUGAAAGCGAUCUUGAUGACAAAAUGAAAAUAGUUUUUGAAUGUCAAGAUGUGAAGCCCAAUAUUAAUUUAUUAAAAGUUAAAAAAUCUGAGAAUGAUUUUCAAAAUCACUUGCGGAAUGUCAAAGAUAUCGAUGGUAAUACAACUCAAGACAACAUUAAAAUAAAACCCGAGGGUGAAGUUAAACAAGAAUUUGUUGAUAAUGUAGUAGGAGAAUCGAAUUUGAAGUUCGACCGUAAAUCUGUUGAACAGAAUAAAAAGAGAAGAAUUACAAAAAAACUCAACGAAGAUCAUAACCUCAAAAAACACAUCGAUCCGGCUCAUCGUGAUACCUCGCCCACUUUUGGUGUAUGCGAAAACAAGAGCUCAACAAAUAGUAAUCUCAAAAAACAUAUCGACUCGAUGCACAGUGGUAUCAAACAUGAGUGUGAUGUAUGCGGCAAGAAAUUUUCAUUCAAAAGUAAUCUUAAAGUCCACAUUGAUGCCGUGCAUAAUGGUAUCAAGUAUCCAUGUGAUAUUUGCGAAAAGAAGUACUCACAGAAGGGUGAUCUCAAGAAACACAUCGAUAUCGCGCACAAUGGUCUAAGAUAUUCAUGCGAUAUUUGCGGAAAAAAGUACGCAGGUAAGAGUGAUCUCAAGAGACACACCGAUGUGGCGCACAAUGGUGUCACACAUACUUGUGAUGUAUGUAAAAAGAAAUUCUCCACCAGCGGUAAUCUAAAAAUUCACAUCGAUACGGUGCAUGAUAAAAUCGUACAUGAAUGUGAUAUUUGCAGCAAGACAUUUUCACAAAAACGUUAUCUCCAAAUCCACAUAGAUUCGAUGCACAAUGGUACACGACACGUAUGUGAUAUUUGUGGAAAAGAUUACAACAGCAGGGGUUAUCUUAAAAUCCACAUCGAUGCAAUGCACAAGGGUGUCACACAUGCAUGCGAAGUAUGUGAAUCGAAAUUCACCGUUAAGAGUAAUCUCCAAGCUCACAUCGAUGCGGUUCAUAAUGGUAUCAGUCAUGCGUGUUAUGUGUGCAAAAAGACGUUUAAACAUAAGAAUAAUCUGACUAGGCACGUUCAAUCAGAGCAUAAUCGUAUCAGACAUGGAUGUGAUAUAUGCGGCAAGACAUUUGCACAAACGGAUAGUCUCAAAACCCAUUUCGAUGCAGUGCACAACGGUGUCACUCAUGAAUGUGAUGUAUGCGGAAAGAAGUUCUCAGAUAAAAGUAAUGCCAAAAGGCACAUUGAUACGAUGCACAAUGGGGCCACACAUGCAUGUGAUACGUGCGGAAAGACGUUCAAACAAAAGUUUAAUCUCAAAAUCCACACCGAUUCGGUACACAAAGGUAUCACGUAUGCAUGUGACACGUGUGAAUCGAAAUUCACGACUAAGUAUAGUCUCCAAGUUCACAUCGAUGCGGUUCAUAAUGGUAUCAGUCAUGCGUGUUAUGUGUGCAAAAAGACGUUUAAACAUAAGAGGAAUCUUACUAGGCACAUUCAAUCAGCGCAUAAUUGUGCCAGACAUUCAUGUGAUACAUGCGGCAAGACAUUUGCAUACACAGGUAAUCUGAAAACCCAUUUCGAUGCAGUGCACAACGGUGUCACUCAUGAAUGUGAUUUAUGUGGAAAGAUAUUUUCACAAAAAGGUUACCUCAAAAUCCAUAUCACUGCUAUCCAUAAUGGUAUGAUGAAUUCGUGCGAUAUAUGCGGAAAGAAAUAUGUACAGAAGGGUAAACUUAAAGCCCACGUUGAUUCGAUGCAUCACUCACUCAUUUCAACUCGAUAA